AAAUGCGUCAAUGAUUGAGAGAGAUAUAGGAAUGGCGUCAGGGCUCGUGACCUCUUCCUAUCUCCGAUCGCCCCUCCUCACAUCCGUCUCCCUGCUUUCCCGGCCUUCGCCAUGGCGACCGGCAACCUCGGCUGCGUGGUCGUCGCUGUCGACGGCAGCGAGGAGAGCAUGAACGCCCUCCGAUGGGCCCUCCAGAACCUCUCCCUCCGCCCCGCUGGCGGCGACCCUGCGGCCGCCGGCGAGGCCCAGGGCGAGCCCGGCACCUUCGUCGUUCUCCACGUCCAGUCCCCGCUUUCCAUCGCCGCCGGCCUCAACCCCGGAUCUAUCCCCUUCGGCGGCCCCAGUCAUGUGCAGGUGCCGGCCUUCGCAGCGGCAAUUGAGGCGCACCAGAGAAGGAUUACCGAGGCGAUUAUGGAUCAUGCCCUGAAGAUAUGUGCUGAGAAAAAUGCGAAUGUGAAAACCCAAGUGGUGGUGGGUGAUCCAAAGGAGAUGAUCUGCGAUGUCACUUCCAAUUUGCAUGCAGAUCUGCUUGUUAUGGGAUGCCGUGCUUAUGGUCCGAUCAAGAGGAUGUUUCUGGGAAGUGUAAGCAACUUCUGUAUCAAUCAUGUCAGCUGCCCAGUUGUUGUCAUAAAGGGUACCUCUUAAUGUGUUCAACUUUUCUUCUUUCGUAUGCAAAGUUGUACUAUUUUAUCAUGCUUAUUGGAUGGUUUUGAUUGGUUUUGUAUAUGGGUAUUGUGUCGAACCGUUGGGAGAUACCAGGGACUUCAUCCUAUAUUUGUUGUUACCUCAUGAGGCCAUUUGAUUAUAUUGUUUGCGACUUAUGAUUGGACUGUGGAACCAGUAACUGAAAUGAAUAAAGUUUUGGACAUUAGUAAGAUAAAA